AGUUCUCCGAAGAGCCGAGCGUCAGUGUGAUUCGUAAACAAGGUCGGGCGCUGCAGCAAGCAGUGCAACUCCUCAUCUUUUACGCGAGGACAGGACGAACUGAGUUGCUUCCUGUGGCGUGCGACAAGAAAGGAUUGUCACGUUACGAAUCUUACCCUUUGCGACAUUCAUCGGGAAGGACUCCCACCACAGGCAGACAAGAUGUUUCAAUGUUUUCACUUCAUUGCUGAACCCAUCAAAACCAUGACAGUCAAAAUAAAGACAUCGAGCAUCAAAACCAAGAAAAAGAAGACGCCAGAUUACUUGGAUGAAGAGCAGCUACUUAUUGUGGAACUGGCUCGAGAUCUUGGCCGAGUGUGCCAGAGUGCAUCAGUCCUGGAGCACAUCUGGAACAAGGAUGAGACUUGGCCAACCCCUCUCUGCUGGGUCUUCAUACUCGAAUGGGCAUCCAUGUUUGGGAGAAAGAAGAGGCCCAUGCAGACCGAUGGCUGGCCAGAAACUGAUGGUGACGAAAAGUGCGAUCUGACUAACCAGCAGGACAUGCAAAGGGCUAAGUUAGACCUCCUCGAAUGGAUGAAAGACCUGAAAGCUCAGCCUGAGCAAAGUGUUUGGCCGGGGGAAAUGGUGGCAAACAUCCUGGAGGACUUGAGUUCAGCUUGGCGCUGGAGCCGUGUGCCAAACCUUCUGUGUGCCAUGGAGCUGGUUUUGUGGACUGUGAUGCUGCAGGAUUCAGAUAAGCCACAGGAUACAAUCCCACAGCAAUGGUUGAUGUGGAAGCAGAAAACAAAGAUUGGUGCUAUACCCUACAUCCCUCAACCAGUAUGGGAAUGGAUCACAGAUGCUGCAGUGGAAGUGACUCUGAACCAAGAUACAGCCAAUCCUGAUCUUCUCAUCUCGGGUGAUGAGAAGAGGAUGCGUUGUGGCUUUGAGAGGAAAGAUAUCCCCAAUUACCACCAGCGCUUCGAUGGCUGGUGGUGCGCUGUUGGAAUGGUAGGCUAUGAAUCGGGCCGCCACUACUGGGAGGUGGAGGUGGGUGAGCGAGACUGGCGGCUGGGCGUGGCCAAGGAGUCCGCUCUGAGGAAAGGUUUCAAAUCCCUCAACACUGACACGGGUUACUUCACCCUGCGUCUGGAAAGGGGCACUGAGCUUAAGGCACUCACCGUGCCCUUCACUGCCCUGCCGCCAGGCCUCAUCCCUCGAAAGGUGGGUGUUUACCUCGACUACGAUGGUGGCCAGCUGUCCUUCUAUGACGCGGACAGACGUGUCCACAUCUACACUUACAAUGAGCGCUUCCAAGAGAAGCUCUUCCCACUGUUUGGCACAGUGGAGAUCAUUAAUGAUCUGGUGAUCAGGACUCCUGAAGCCAAAACCCAAUGUCUCUGUGCCACAUCCUGCCUGUGGGGUUGAUUUCUUACCUUGUCAACCUUUCCUUCAAUAUAUCCAGUAGAUAUCCUAUUAAGGAAUAUAAAGGUUUCAAGGUUAUGCAAAUAUACUAAUCACUGGGAGGAAUCUAAGAUCCUGCUGUCAGAGCCCAUUGUUGUGCUUUAAAAAAAUAGCUUCAAGGUGUGACCACUCUCUAUGCUGCUGCUACUUUCCUCGUUCCUACAAUCAAAUUGAAAACUGUGCUCACAUAUUUGGUGUUUGGAAGGAGAACUGUAGAAUAUACAUUGUCGUGUACUGUAAUAGUAAUCAUAUACUGAAUAAAGCAAAUUAAUGAUGGUA